CCCUCCCGGAAAGAGCACCUCACAUUCGACCUGUUUAAACCUCAACUUAAUGCCCCCUUGUUGGCAAUUUUGUUGUAAACAUUAGCAAAACCACAGUGCAAUCCCAGUUCAGCCCCCUCCUUGCCCCAGUGCACGCAUAAAAGCCCUCUGCUAGAACUCCACAGAACUCUCACAAUGGCCAACAUUAACAAAGGACAAUAAGUACCUGUGCCAAGCAAAUGGGUUAAGAGCAGCCUGCAAAUAAAGUGCCACAAGCGAGCGAUUGUUAAACUGAACUAAAUUGUUGCUGAUUUUCUAAUCAAAUUGUUGAGAGCAAAUAUUAUUAAAGAAAGCGAAAGAUGAAGCGGAACAAAAAGAAAGCGCCAACGCAGGGACUCCGCUACGACGAUGAGAACGAGGAAGAAGACGAAGAUGCUUUGCAGGCGGCACUCAAAGAUAUUGUCAGUAUUCCAGAUGUGGAUUCGCAGGAUUCGUUAACGGAGGGCAUGACAAAUUCAAGGAAGCAGCAUAUAACUUGGUCAGCGGAGCACAAGAAGGCAGCCCCGAAAGUCACUCAACGUGGACUCCAAAAUAAGAGAAAGCCGAAGCAGGAGGGCCCCGAAAUAUCAAUCGAAAAUGGAGAUAGUAAAGAGGAGCUUCGUGAACCAGCAAAGACGUGGUCCGCGGAGUUCGAAGAGUCGCUGAACAACUGGUAUGCGGACCUCAACGAAUCGCAGAAACCCAGAAGGAGUGGUUCGGCGUCAAUGAAGAGGCCGCAGCAGAGCGCUGAGGCGAAGGUACGUGAAACAAGCGUCGAAUCGAGUGAUGAUAGUGGAAAGACUACCGAUCCAGAUCAAGCUUCGCUGGAGCCAAAUCAGUCUGGAAUGGAGCCAGCGACAGGCUCGUCGAUGGAGCCAGAGGCCACCUGGUCGAUGAAGCUCAAAAAUGAGGCAGAGAAAAGGCAGAAAGAAAAACAAACAAGGAACAAGAAGGAGCAGCAAACCGAAGAUCACAGAAGCUCAUCAAAGUCCGUAGCCUUCGUUGAACCUGGCUCCCUAAUGCAGUUGGAAACUGAAAGCAAGUACGCAAGUGAGGAGCAGUUAUCGGCGGAAUUGGAAGGCAAAUUGGAUCGUAUUGAGGCAGCCUCCAAUCCGAAGUCGUAUAAAAAGCCAAAACCAACGGCCAGCACGCAAACCACAGACUCCAUGGAGGCCAAACCUUCGGCUGUGCCAACGAUGGAGGCCAAAGAGUUGGAGGAGAAAUCGUUGGACUGCCCACCGACAGAGACCAAACCGUUGGUUGUGCCAUCGACAGCGUCUGGAGUGGUUCUACUCAACGUCCUGGCGGUACCUUUUCAGAGUCCCCUGCCAAAAGGAUCGAUUAUUGCUGCAUCGAAGGUGGUGGAUAGAUCGUUAAAGAGUGCAGCACCUCCCGUCGAAGAAGAGACAGCUGCUCCAGCUCCAGAUGCUCCAGAACCAUCAAGUCCAGCGACACCUCAAAAGCCUGAACCCCCGCCUGCUCCUACAGUGGAUCCCAACGAUGUCAAGUUCAAGGACAAACCCGCCAACGAUACAGAGGAGAAUGAUGAGGAGCGUGAGCAGAAAGAGUCUCGUGCGGCGAGCAAGAGCUCGCUGGCGCGUGCAGAGUCCAUGCGGACGUUGAUCAUCACGGGACACACGCACAUCAAGACGCAGUGGCGUGACCAUUGCCAUCUGGAGGUGCAACACGAAGGCAUCGAUAAGGCAGCACGCCGUAAACUGCUCAUAGCCUGUGCGCUGUGUCUCCUGUUUAUGCUCAUCGAAGUGGUCGGUGGCAUACUGUCCAAAAGCCUGGCCAUAGCCACAGAUGCAGCGCAUUUGCUGACGGAUCUGGCUGGGUUUCUCAUCUCUCUGUUUGCGCUGUACAUCAGCGCGAGGCCCAAGACGCAGCGCAUGAACUUUGGCUGGUAUCGGGCGGAGGUAAUUGGCGCCAUGAUCUCUGUGUACUUUAUAUGGGUGAUAACAGGCAUUCUCGUCUGGCUGGCCAUACAGCGUCUGUGGCUGGGUGAGCAUGUGGUGGAUGCCAAAAUCAUGUUAAUCACAUCCGCUGUGGCCAUUCUCUUCAAUGUCAUUAUGGCCGUGCAGCUGCAUCAUGGACAUGGGCACUCACCGCACUAUGAACCCGGGGAAAUGAAUCGCCAGGCGCGCGUGCUGGAUCACGCUGAGUGUCAGGUGUUGGACACCGCCCAACCGACAACGGAGAACAUCAAUGUGCGUGCUGCCAUGAUCCAUGUCAUUGGCGAUAUGAUCCAGAGUGUGGGCGUCUUUGUGGCCGCUUUGAUCAUCUUCUUUCAGCCCGCUUGGGCAUUUAUGGAUGCCAUCUGCACGUUCCUGUUCUCCAUCAUUGUGCUGCUGGUCACUUUCCGCAUACUGCGGGAUGUGCUGAUGGUGCUGAUGGAGGCCACACCCGACUACAUGGACUACGAUGAGGUGCAGCGUCAGUUUCUCUCCAUCGAAGGAGUCGAGCAUGUGCACAAUCUACGCAUUUGGGCGCUGAGCAUCAAUAAGGUCGCGCUCUCCGCACAUUUGGCCAUCAAAAAGGAUGCGGAUGCUCAGCGCAUACUGGAGGAAGCAACGACCAUGAUCCACAAGCGUUAUCGUUUCUUUGAGACAACCAUACAGAUUGAGGAGUACACGCCGGGGAUGGAGCAGUGUGAGCAGUGCAUAAAGCCAGGCAUGGCUGUAGUUGUGCCGCGUGGGGAUAGUCUGGCCAUGGAGGAGGGUGCAAGUAUCAGGAGAGAGCAAAAGCCAGCGGAGGAUGCAGCAAAGUCUUGAGCAAACUUGGGUUUAGUAGCUGUAGAAACACUCGAAUUAUUCCUACAAUAAAAAUGUAAUUUUUUUUGCCAAGAUCUUGCAUU